AUGACCGAGGUGAUCGGCUUAGCGAGCGGCUACUGUACAUUUACCUUUUCAGUGAAGACCGUCAAAGAAGCAUUACUGCCUAUCUACCAAAAUCAGUCCAUCGAAGCGUUCUAUGGUGCUCAAAGCUUUCAAAUCUUUGCACCAAUUAGAGCCUUGUUGUUCUCUAGCGGCUCAGCUGAUUCUGAUGUGGAGGACUCCUUUGUACAUAAUUUUAUCGCCAAUUUGUUUGAGAAUGUCUUUCGAUCGGAUGGUUCCUUGGAGAGCUGUUGCACGAUGAAGUUUCCAAAGCUUACCCAAACCUAUCAGUACAAAUCAGAUUACGUGCUAUUCGUUACCCAUCGUUUAGACUUGGCAUGUGCAGAAGUAAAGUCGCUCACUGGCAAUCACACCUUUCCCAAGUCAGAUCUCGUCAAAAUUGGCCAAGAGAUGCGCUGGAUGAUCAACAAGCUGGUUCGAGAAGGGGUGAAUAAACCUAUGGUUGGUGGCGUCCAGAUCUCUGGCUUCAAAAUGUAUACAUAUAAGAUGGAUAUUAUCAGUACCGCUGCAUAUCGGCUGGUGGAGCUGGGUAACAGCCAGCGGUACUUAUUGAAGAAUGUCAACCUGACAACGGCCCGAGAAGCAAAAGAACGCCUACGUCAAAAAUCUCAAAACGUACCUUCGAAUCCAAACCUACCACUUUCCCGGCUGCGUGAUAACGAUUUCAGCUUGAUCAAAAAUCAAAAAAAAGAAUGCUGUAAUGUACGUCUUUUCAUAUUUUAG